UUAGUUCAACCUAUUUCAUUGAAUAUUCUAUUGCGGAACUCACGACCCGGAAGUGAAUGUUGGGCCCCUUGACUGUAGAGAGGGAAACCCGUUUGUCGGCCUUUUCGACUGCCAUGUCAAGCUUUCACAAGACCUUGAUUAUCGACGGGAGGGGUCACCUCCAGGGCCGCUUGGCCUCGUUGGUGGCCAAGAACCUGCUCCAAGGUCAAAAGAUUGUGGUGGUGCGAUGUGAAGACAUCAACAUCUCUGGCAGUUUCUACCGAAACAAGCUGAAGUACUUGCAGUUCUUGCGCAAGAGGACCAACACCAAGCCUAGCCGAGGUCCUUACCAUCUCAGAUCACCCAGCCGUAUCUUCUGGAGAGUCAUCCGAGGUAUGUUGCCCCACAAGCGUGCCCGAGGCAAGGGGGCCCUGAACAGACUGAAGGUGUUUGAAGGCGUGCCCCCUCCUUACGACAAGAAGAAGCGCUUUGUUGCUCCCCCUGCCCUGCGAUCUGUGCGUCUCAAGCAGAACAGAGAUUUCUGCAAUCUGGGUCGCCUGGCUCAUGAGGUGGGCUGGAAGUACAAGGACAUCAUUGAGAGUCUGGAAGAGAAACGCAAGGCUCGCUCCUGGGAACGUUGGAAGGUCAAGAGAAGUGCGCUGUCACUUCGUCGCAAAGCAGCCCGGAAUGUGAAGACCAAGGUGGCCCCCUACCAGAAGAUCAUCCGUCAGUAUGGCUACAGAUAAACAACCAACAAGUCGACAUAUUCAACCCACGUCCCUACACUAUUAGUGGAAGUCGUCUUAAGUCAAAAAUUACUCCCAAGAUUAAAUCUUGUGUUUGAAAGUUGCAUAAGGCAGUCAUCAGGAUUCUCAAUUGUUUUUUGGUUUUCGAAAAAGCUGAUAAUACAUUAAAGAUAUCGGAAGAAAAAUGUAA